GAAAGUGAGCCAUAUUUUCAUGGACUAUUGCCUCGUGAAGACGUCAUAACUAUUUUGAAGAAUGAAGGAGACUUUUUGAUUCGCAUUUCGGAGAUGUUUCCAAACGACGGAAGACACUACAUUUUGAGUGUAAAGCACAAUAGUCCGCCGAGUCCCGACUUAGUUCCGAUUAUAAAUAUGGUUAUCAUGCAAGAAGUAGUAUGUAACCGCAAGAUGUACAGCAUACAAUGUAAAUGUUUCGAAUCAAUUCAACAAAUGGUGAACCACUACUUGACUACAAAGGAGCUAAUUUCAUCUAUUUAUAGCAGUGCUCAUCUUAUCAAAGCGGUGCCACGUCAACACUGGGAGCUGGAUCAUAAGAAUAUUUUCAUUCAACAAAGACUCAGAGAUGGUGCGUUUGAAGAAAUAAUGAUGGGUCAACUGAAGUGCAGAAAUAGUGGAAAGAUGAUUCAUGUUGCCAUCAAGAAAACGAAAAUGCGGAAUCUCACAAAAGAUCAAAUCAAAGAGUUCAUGCAGGAAGCUCGGGUUAUGCGUUCGUUUGCACACCCGCAUAUCGUUCGUUAUUAUUGAGUGGCAGCAACAACUGAGCCAUUGUACAUAGUAACCGAGUUGGCAUUCCAUGGACCCCUCGAUAACUACCUCAAAAAGAACGAACUGAGCAUUGAUAGGAAGAACGAGAUGACCCUUCAAGCAGCCUGGGGAAUCGAGUACUUGCACAGCAAACCUGUCAUCCACAGGGACAUUGCAGCAAGGAACUUCGUGUAUGGAUACAAUGGAUUGAAGAUAGCCGACUUUAAGAUGACUCAAAUCGGAGUGGACUACCAGGCCGAUGCCAAUGAGAAGGUGCCUAUCCGCUGGCUGGCUCCGGAACUUAUUCGUGGCGGACCAUUCACUACUAAGACCGAUGUCUGGGCAUUUGCAGUGUUGUCGUGGGAAAUAUACAAGGAUGCACUCCAGCCAUAUCCAGGGAUGACGAUCGCCGAAGUUACACAAAAGGUUGCCCGAGGAUACCGCAUGGAUCUUCCAGAGGAAAUGAUGGAAAUGGUGGGUAUCAAAUCUCUGAUUGGAAGAUGCUGGCGAGAGAACGAGCGAGAGCGUCCACAUAUGGCUGAAAUCGCCUCAGAAAUGCAACGUUUGACUGGCAUUCCGAGACCUGAUUUUGAUGGAAUGGAGGCUCAGCUGAAACGAGAAAUGAUGGAUGUAAAAGUUGGACAACGUCUUCCGAAGGAAAUCUAA